AUGGUUACUGCAAAUGGGGGGGCGCCGCCGAGAGGGAGUGCGGCGGCGGCGGCCUCGUUGCGCCGGCGGCGGGGCUCCGGGGGAGGGACGGCAGCAGGCGGCGUGAACACAAUGCUUCAGUUCUACACAGACGACGCCACGGGCCGCAAGAUGUCUCCCAACACAGUCCUCAUCAUGAGCAUUGGGUUCAUUGCUGUUGUUGCCCUGCUGCACGUCAUCGGCAAGCUCUAUCUGGUCCCUCGAAGCCAGUAA